CCGCCGCGCCGCCGCCGCCCGCUCCGUCUCUCAGGGAGGCGGCGGGGCAGGGAGGAGGCAGUGAAGAUGGCGGCGGCGGUGGGAAGAGCCGGCUCCUUCGGCUCCUCUUCGUCUGGCCUCGCUUCGACUGCCGGUUUUUCUUCUUCUUCGUCUGCGACUACAGCCACGACCAACAACAACGCGGAGCUGCGGGCAGGCGGCAAUGAGGAUGAUGGGCAGAACCUCUGGUCCUGCAUCCUCAGUGAGGUGUCCACGCGCUCCCGCUCUAAGCUACCUUCGGGGAAGAACGUCCUGCUGCUGGGUGAAGAUGGAGCAGGUAAAACUAGCUUAAUAGGAAAAAUUCAAGGAAUAGAGGAAUACAAAAAAGGAAGAGGAAUGGAAUAUUUGUAUUUAAAUGUGCAUGAUGAAGAUCGAGAAGACCAAACAAGAUGCAAUGUAUGGAUUUUGGAUGGUGACCUGUAUCACAAAGGUCUUCUUAAAUUUGCAAUGGAGGCAAACUCUCUAAAGGACACUCUAGUUAUGUUGGCAGUAGAUAUGUCUAGGCCUUGGACUGCACUGGAUUCUUUACAAAAAUGGGCAAGUGUUGUAAGAGAACAUAUUGACAAGUUAAAAAUUCCUCCUGAAGAAAUGAAAGAAAUGGAACAAAAGUUGGUAAGAGACUUCCAGGAAUAUGUAGAACCAGGCGAGGAUUUUCCAGCUUCUCCACAGAGAAGAAAUACUUCAUUACAGGAAGACAAAGAUGACAGUGUGAUUUUACCCCUGGGUGCAGAUACACUAACAUGUAACUUAGGCAUUCCAGUAGUAGUAGUUUGUACAAAGUGUGAUGCCAUCAGCAUACUGGAAAAAGAGCACGACUACAGAGAUGAACACUUUGACUUCAUUCAGUCACAUAUCAGACGGUUUUGCUUACAAUAUGGGGCAGCACUUAUUUACACUUCAGUUAAGGAGAACAAAAACAUUGAUUUAGUGUAUAAAUAUAUAGUCCAGAAGUUGUAUGGAUUUCCUUUCAAUGUUCCAGCUAUGGUUGUGGAAAAAGAUGCGGUAUUUAUUCCUGCAGGCUGGGAUAAUGACAAGAAAAUAGGAAUAUUGCAUGAGAACUUUCAGACACUAAAAGCAGAAGACAGUUUUGAAGAUAUCAUCACAAAGCCACCAGUCAGAAAGUUUGUUCAUGAAAAAGAAAUUGUAGCAGAAGAUGACCAAGUGUUUCUUAUGAAGCAGCAGUCACAGCUGGCGAAACAACCACCUACUGCUGCAGGAAGGCCAGUGGAUGCCUCUCCAAGAGUUCCUGGCGGAUCUCCCAGGACACCAAAUAGAUCUGUAACAUCAAACGUUGCCAGUGUUACACCUAUCCCUACUGGGUCAAAAAAAAUUGAUCCCAAUAUGAAAGCUGGAGCUACCAGUGAAGGAGUCCUAGCUAACUUCUUCAAUAGUCUCCUGAGCAAGAAAACAGGUUCCCCUGGUAGCCCUGGUGGUGUUGGUGGCAGUCCAGGAGGAGGUGGCCCCGGAGGUGCUGGCAGCAACCUACCACCAUCAGCAAAAAAGUCAGGUCAGAAGCCAGUCUUAACAGAUGUUCAGGCAGAGCUGGACAGAAUUUCACGAAAACCUGAAAUGGUCUCUCCUACAACACCUACAUCUCCCACAGAAGGUGAAGCAUCUUGAAGACACCAAAUAAAACCAAUUGUUCAUUUUUCUGCGAUAA